CCCAACAGGGCCACAAUUUGUUAAAGAGAAAGUCCGAAGCCUUGACCAAGCGUUUCAGAGACAUCACCCGUCGUAUUGAUGAUGUAUGUGUGAUCUACCAGAAAGAGUGUCUAAAGUGAUAAAGGAGAUUGCUUAUCGAAGAGUGAAUGUUGAGUUGUCCCGGGCGUCACGUUAGUGUAAUCCCUUACAGCGAUAUCGGAGAUGCCUAGGCGUCAUGUUGCUCUGAUAAGGAAAAGAUACAUUGCAAUUGCCUCGCCCUUAUUCGCUAGACUGCCUCCCGAUGAACCUUACUAACUCCUUUAGGCCAAGAGAAAGAUGGGGAGAGUUAUGCAGACAGCUGCGUUCUCGCUUGCCGAAGUAACCUAUGCCACCGGUGACAACAUUGGGUACCAGGUACAGGAAUCGGUGCAGAAUGCCCGUUUCCAGGUCAAGGCAAGACAGGAGAACGUUUCGGGUGUGUACUUGCCGCAGUUCGAGACCUACUUGAACAAAGAUAUCAACGACUUCAAGAUGACCGGUUUGGGGAGAGGUGGGCAGCAAGUGCAAAAGGCCAAGAUGGUAUACACCAAGGCUGUCGAGACCCUCGUGGAAUUAGCAUCCUUGCAGACAGCUUUCAUCAUUUUGGACGAGGUCAUCAAGGUGACCAACAGAAGAGUCAAUGCCAUUGAGCAUGUCAUCAUUCCGAGAACCGAAAACACCAUUAGUUACAUCAACUCCGAGUUGGAUGAAUUGGACAGAGAGGAGUUCUACCGCUUGAAGAAGGUCAAGGAAAAGAAGCAGCAGGCGUCUGCCCUUGCAGAGAAAGAGAAUGCUGCCAGAAAGCUACUCAGAGCCGAGACUGCUGCUGCUGCCGGGAAGGCCUCUGACGUGGACACGGAUGCGAAAAACUUGUUGACUACUGAAGACGUGACCAUCGCCGAGACCGAAGAUGACGUUAUCUUCUAGGUGAUUGUUUUGUGUAUUUUUAGUUCUUCUGUACCCCGGUGCGCUUUUUCUCAAUAGAGUCUUUAUUUAGUCGAGGUGAACCGUUUAAUUAAAUCACCACGUGGAUUCGUACUGGAUGUGGACCAUUACAUGUGAUCGAAACAGCCGAAGGUGUGACGUUCACGGUACUUCACGUUGACGUUUUUUUGGAUAGAGAAUGAUAAAACCGGCGGCGGGUAUGGAAUCGACUAGACUGGUUAUCCAGGGGACUAAUGAACGUUUUUUUGCGUUACAAUUCUUGUGUCUUUUCAUUUACGGUCGGGAGAGUUCACAGUAAAAUCAGGAAAUUUGGCGCUCUGUUUCAACAAAAGCUUCCCCCACACUAAGCCCCAGGAUGUAACCGAAACCAUACGGCGUG